GGGAGUUCGGAACUCGGUCCCAGAAAUCUCAGACUUCCGAGCUUUCAAAACAACAGAACUCGGAAGAUUUUUUUUUAUUUGAAUGGUUAUCGAACUCAGAAUUCCAACUCGAACUCGGGCCUUUUUCUUGAGCUCCGACUUUCCGACCUGAGGACAACUGACGUCAUGAUUUUACCUCGUAUUUUUUCGAGUUCCCAGUUGUUUUGGACGCGGCACUAGAAAGAAGCACUAGUUCCGGAGUUGGAAUUCCGAGCUCGUUUUACCUCGAGAUCCCAGUUGGUUUGAACGCGGCAGUAGUGAGCUAGCUGGAGGAAGGAACACUCACUCAGUCCAUUAUGGCGGAGACGCACAGCUUACAGGAGCUGCAGCAACAAGCAGCCGUCGCCUUCAAAGUGUAUGUCCAGAGGGACUACAACUCGGGUAAAAUCUGCAAGUUCCAGACCAAGUUCCCCUCCGAGCUGGAGUCCAGGGUUGAUAAGCAGCAGUUUGAGGAGACGAUGCAGACACUUAACAACCUUUACGCCGAGGCUGAGAAAAUUGGUGGCAAGUCUUACCUGGAGGGCUGCUUAGCCUGCAUGACCGCCUACACAAUCUUCCUCUGUAUGGAGACCCACUAUGAGAAAGUAUUGAAGAAAAUCGCUAGGUUCGUCAAGGAGCAGAAUGAGAAGAUCUACGCUCCUCUUGGACUCCUGCUGACAGACCCAAUAGAGAGAGGUCUCAGGGUUGUUGAAAUCACCAUUUUUGAGGACAGAAGUAUUGGCUCCGGAAGAUGAACCACACCAAAGGAUGGCCUAUUUGACCUGGUGCAUCUCAAUUAUCUCACCACACCCAUCAAUAAUUCCUUCUGGAUGUAUGGAUGUCUUUCUGGAUGUAGAUAAUUGUUUUUAUUUAUUUCACAAAAGGGAUGGGCUAUGUGUGCUAGUAACCUAUGACCCGCUGAAACAAACACUCCCUGUUUUUACAUGUUUAUUGAGAUUAUUAAUUUGAACAUGUGAAAAUGUCUUAUUCUAGUUAACCAAUACCACACCUUUAGUAUGAAUGGUGCCGUUUUCUUUUGUAUUGCCAUUUUAAACUCUUACUCAUUAAAGGUGCAUUGUGUAAUAUCUCCAAAUACAAAUGGCCUUUAAAGGUGUAGUUCAUCCACAGUUUUUAAAACUGUGUUUUAAUAUACCCUCUUUGGUUCACCAAAAUUACAACAUUAGCAAGAUGGUUCCUUAACUUGACAGUUGUCUACGGGCCAGGAGAAACUGUAAUCCACGAUGAUACAUAUUUUUCUACUAAGCCGCUGACACCAACUGGGUGAUUCUCACAAAGCUGGCACUUGACAACAAGAAAUAAACACAUUUUCCACCACAAUUCCUCUAAGAAUAGGAUUUCUAGUUAUCCAUUUCAGAGUUAUUGUUAUGUUUAUUUAUCAGAUAUUAUGCAUUUCCACAACUACCAAUGCAAACAUUUUCAUUACCGUAAUAGUUUUCGAAGUCCCCAAAAAGUAAUAGACAAACCAAUUUCUAUAUAUUUUUUUAACAUUGCCCACCUAAUGAAAAGGCCUGAGUUAAACACUGAAAACAAAUAUAUUUAAAAUUAAAUUAUUCAUGUGUUUUGUAAUUUUUCAUUACUGCAACAUACAACCUUUUCUGAAUCUUGUUUUUUUUGGUGAUAAUUACUUGUUUUUAUGUAAACCUAUUUGGAUAAAGAACAAAAGGCACACUAUCAAAUUAAGCCAACAUUACAAGUAUACAUUUGACUUUUUGUAAUAUUUCCUAAAUAUUGGUUUAUUACGGUAAUGAUAAGUUGGAUCCGGCGAUGAGAAUACAUGUUUUGGUAAUGAGUGUUGCAUAGUUUGCCGUUUAAAAACUGUACUGAGCUCUGUUAGAUUCAUCAAAUGUGUCAUUUGUCAAUCCCAAAUGAUUUGGGUAAUAUGAAAAUCACUGGUCUUAAUACAAUUGUCUAAAAUACCUUAAUUUUGCAUAAGUACUGUAAUUACGUGCAUGUAUUUUCAAAAGUGAAAGUGGACUUAAGCAUAAAAAGGUGACACUUUCUACAGGUAAUAUUGGUGUAUUAGGAUGUGGAUAUGUGUGGUUCUAAGGUAUUUUAGAUGGGUUUGUAAAUUGAAUGGCAUUUUAUGGGCAAAUGGCAUAGCAUGAUAUGCCAAAAAAGUAUCUGUGGGAUAUUUGACAAAAAGAGAGGUAAAACAGGUACACAUGUCAAAAUGGGGGAUAUCCUCCUUUAAGUGGCAGGGCUGCUCUUUGUUGAAACAAACUCCAGAUUGUGGCUUUAGGUCAAUUAAAUGGGGUUUACACCCAUAAUUAUUUGGUCCUACUUAAUCGAAUAACUGAUGUUUUACCAAAAAUCUAUACAAUAGGUGUAAGCUGUAGUCCUAGUAAAUAAUUAGUUACCACCACAGCACACCCAUCAACUAUACAUUAAAAUGAGGUUAUUAUCGUUACCGAAAUUAAGGUUCUCAUUAACGAAAGACAUAAGUGAUGCGGUAAUGAGGCACUUAGCUCAGUCUGCUGUCUCCUAUUGCUUGCAAAUGGACCACAUCACUAAAGCCCAUUCAUACCUCCAUGCUGGUAAGGUGAUGGUUCUCCAAGUUUUUUGUUUUUCCCAAUUUUAGCAUUUCUCUCAUUUUGGUAAUGAGGUCGUCAAGUGUCGUAAAGGGGAGAAUAAGAUCCUCAUUCUGAAGACAUAAAUAAAGAUUAAAUUAACUUUAA